AUGAUGCUCGAUCCACUCAAUGCUGUCAGAGAAGAUCUCAAGGACAAUGGUAUCAUUCCAGACGUUAUCCCUGUCGGCCCUCCUUUCCAUCCUAAGGCUCUGCUCGUCGUGUCCUUCCCCACUAGCCAAGAGGCUCUUCUGGGGAAUACGCUCACAAAAACAGACACUGCUGAUGAACCAACCAUUUUGUUCACUCCGGUGCUAGAUGUGACUGGUGAACCCACCUAUACGCUCGUCAUGACAGACCCAGACGCACCAUCCAGGGAAAACCCGAAAUUCAGAGAGUGGCGGCACUGGGUGGUCACUGGUGUGAAAGCCCCUCCGACGUCAGCCGUUGAGACGGAUGAUCUUGCUGCACAGCUUACCAAACCCGCUGUGACGCCCUAUUAUCCUCCCACCCCUCCCCCUGGAACUGGCAAGCAUCGUUACGUAAUAUUGUUAUACCAGGAGCCCAAUGCGGACUUCUCAAUCCCUGCCGAUGCCCCGGAACGCAAGAAUGAGCCUGCGAAUAGAAAGAACUGGAAUUCAGCGGAGUUUGCUAACAGGUAUGGGCUGAAGCUAGUUGGGGUCAAUUAUUUCGUUGUCGUGGGGGAAUAG